AUGAUAUAUAUUCAUGCACAAAAGUCACAACCUUGGGGCCAACUUUAUGUGAAACACAAAGCAAAUCUUGGAUUGAAGAAGAAGACUGCACAGACUCAAUUAAGUGCAACAAGCACUGCAUACAAUGGGAAGGUGAAAGCCAUGGAGCUUGUCACCUACAUGGAGAGAAGAACAUAUGCUUUUGCUACUCAUCCAACUUCUAAUUAUACUCAAAGUUCGUCUCCUCCAAAAAAAUCUUCUCCUCCCAAAAAGCCGACUCCCCCUAGAAAGUCACCUCCUCCUAAAAAGCCACAUCCUCCUCCUCCUAAAAAGCCGCCUCCUCCUAAAAAACCGACCCCUCCUAAAAAACCAUCUCCUCCUAAGAAACCAUCACCUCCUAAGACACCGACACCGACACCUCCUCUGAAACCUACCCCUCCUAAAAAGUCACCUCCGCCUCCUAAAAAACCUACCCCUCCAAAAAAGUCGCCUCCCCCUCAUAAGCCGCCUCCUCCUCCAAAGUUUCCGGGGCUUCCUGGAAUUGGAAAACCGUCACCACCUGAUAGUGAAACGCCUACUCCUCCAGAAGGUAGCGAACCCUCUCCACCAGAUGAAGGACAACCUGCUCCUCCAUUGUUUCCUGGAAUUGGGAAACCGCCAGCUCCACCAGCUGAUAGCGAACAACCUACUCCUCCAGAAGGCACUCCACCAGAUGCAGGAGAACCUACUCCUCCACUGUUUCCAGGUCUUCCUGGAACUGGAAAACCAUCUCCACCUGAAGGCAGCCAACCCUGUCCAUCAUAUUUCAGCAGACAACCUACUCCUCCAUUUUGGCCAAGUCUUAUUGGAAUUAUAAAACCAUCACCACCACCUCCGCCUAAUUGUGAACAACCACCUCCACCUGAUGGAGAGGGGGAACCAACUCCUCCAGAAGGCAGUGAUCCCACUCCACCGGCUGAAGGAGAACCUAGUCCUCCAGCUGACGGGGAUGAGUCGGCCCCUUCAGAUGGUGAAACUCCAACUUCAUCCCUAGGAGGUUAA